UAGCGCGUCUGACUCCAGAUCAGAAGGUUGCGUGUUCAAAUCACGUCGGGGUCAUAUUUUUACUAAUGUUUUUUUAUUUUUUAUUUCCUUAAAAAAUUCAUUUUUUAAAAUAUUGAAAUUAAUAUGUGUUUUAAUUAAAAAAACAAAUAAAUAAAUUAAAUGUGAUAAAUAAUAAAAUAAUUAUGUAUAUAAAUCUAUGAAUAAACAUGAUCAGUGUUUGUUUACAUUUAAUGCUGUGAAUAUAUCAUAAAAUUCACUAUAAAUAUUUUAAAAUAAAUUUAAAUUAAUAAUUGACAAUAAAGUUAAUUAUUCUUUUAGAAUAUUAAGCAUAUGAAUUUGUAUAAAUAAAUUUUAUUUAUUUUAUACAAAUAAGCACAAAUAAAGUUAAAAAAAAACUAACUAGACAUUUUUCUUUUUAUCAUAUAAUUAAUCACAUGUCAAAUUUUACAAAAUCAAAAGAAAUGGGUAAAGAAAUUGAUUCCGAUAAUACUAAAAAGAGAAGAAAAUCAGUUAGUGGAAAUUCUGGUAUAUCUUUGAAAGAUGGAGAUACAUAUAAGGUUAUAAUUAGUUAUGAAGAGAAAGAAGCUAUGGAACGUUUGCCAGAAAGUGAUUCUGAAAGUUUUUUAUCUACUUGCGAUAAUAUACGUAGAGCUAUGAAUAAAAUUGCGAAGUUAAAAACUAGUGGAGAUACAAAUGCUAAAGAUGAAAUACGUGAACUUCAAAUUCAAACGUCAUUAGCAUUUAUUGAACUUAAAAAAUUAAAUAGAAUGGAAAAAUUUCGUACAAAGUUUGCUAGAGAUUCUCUUAUAUCUUCAAAAAGCAGUGUUGACAGUAGACAUUUACAUUUGCAAAACUUAUUGUACGAAGUAAUGCACUUAAAAAAGGAAGUUGUUAAAUGUCUUCAGUUCAAAUCUAAAGAUGAAUUAAUACAACUUGUAUCGGAAGAAGAAUUUUAUAAGGAAGCACCUGAAAAUAUUUCUAGACCGGAAAUAACAAAACAUAAUCCUCAUCAAUUAAGAUUGGCACGUCUUGAAUGGGAAUUGACACAAAGAAAACAAUUAGCUGCAUUAUGUGAUGAAUUGACAGAAAAUAAGAAGGCAGUAGCAUCAAGUAUUGCAUUGAAACAGACUCGACUUGAUAAUCUUGCACCACAACUUCAUUCAAUAUUAGAAGCAAGUAAGCCGUUGCAAGAGAGUCUUGGUUUGCUACUGGAUAAAGUUAGACAAGAACAUAAUAAAGCAACAUUACUUGCAUCACCUUUAUAUGUUCUUUAUGCAAAGGCAUCUGCAUACAGAGAUGCAUAUGAUAAUUCUAUAAUAGUGAAAGUAGAAGGUGAUGAAGAAGAAGCAAAACGUGCAAAUAAUCAAGAUGGAUUACAAGAAUCUGAUUCAGAUGCUGAAACUAUUUCUGAAAAUAUCAUAGAAGAAACACCUGUGCACAAGAAGAGACAUCAUAGGUUAUCUAGAGAAGCCAGACAGGAAGAGAAAAGAACAAAACUAUUACAAAGACAUCCUUUAAAUGUGAAAAUAAUUAUUAAAUUAAAAAAUGAAACAAAAUUGACAUUACAAUUUUAUUAUAUGAUGUUUCUGAAAGUUGUAACCGUAGAAUCAAAAUUAAAAACGGAUGGUGUUACAGGCAUUACUACAGGAGAUAUGCUUGUGUCAGAAUCAAUUUUACGUGAAUUAUAUCCAGGAGAUUUAGGAUUAGAAAGUCCAAAUCCUGCUAAUUAUUAUCAAUUAAAUCGGCAUAAUUUGGGUCAAUUUUCUUCUCUUGGAUUAGGAAUACCAUACAAAUGGGCACAAAGAAUGGCUGGAUUGCACUUUAUUUCGCCAGAUGCUAAAGAACAAAAGCUUACGAGUUGCGAAAAAACACAAGAUAGCGUUGAAUGUGUAUUAAGAGAAAUUAAAAGACGUGUAAUAGCAAGAUUAGAAUUAUGCACAGAAAUUCGACAGUUAGAAUGUGGAAAUUUACCAAUUUUCACCACUAAUAAUAAUGAUCUUCUACCACAAAAGCUUAAUACCAUUUUACAAAAAUUCUCAACAAUUUCAUGGAGUAAUUAUUGCAAUAGUGUAAAUCCCAUUUUUCAAGAACAGGGAUUAGUAUCUUCAUUGGAUAUAUUUUAUGAAGCUAUACUUCGUCGAGGAAAUAAUGAAUUAAUUGCUAGAAUAGCUAUAAAACCGGAUUACCCAAAAAUAGCACCAAUAUUUAAUAUAAGUAUAAAUCCUACAGUACCUGCAUCUAUAGAUAUUUUAAGAGAUAUUGAAAGAGAGGUAAAUGUUACGUGGAUAAAACCACCAACAUUAUCAGCACAACUUCAACGAUUGCGAGCAUGCUUCGAUAUUUAUUUGGAAUCAGAAACUAUUGUACCAAAAGAAAAAAUUUUUUUUCAUCCUGUAAAAGGUCGUACUCGUGCUAGACCAUAUAAAUAUUUAGAAUUAGGAGGUGGAAUAUUUAUUCAUCGUUAAUUUAAUACAAUUCAAAAUGAUAAUAUGAUUACAUUUUAGUGAAAUAUAUUUUAAUAUAAAUAUUCUCAUUCUAAUAUAAAUAUUAUUUAUUUUUAUUUAUAAUUAUAAAAAAUGCGCGAGAAUCCAAAAAAAAAAAAUAAGUGGAUCGUGAUAUGUUCUUGAAAUUAUUUCCUAAUCCGAAAUUGUCAGAAUUGAAAAUUUCGAAGCUAUUUUUUUUUUUUUUUUUUUAGAUGUUAAUCUCAAAAUGUUAUUCAAUUUCUUAAAAUUUUAAAGAAUUUUAACUUUCAAGUGAUUUUCACGAAUUUUGAAAUUCUCGAACUAUGAGAUAUUUUCAGAAUCUGAUUUCUUUCGACUCAUUCAUAACAUUUUUCGAAUUCUCGCACAUCUAAUAAUUAUUUUAAAAUAAUUUUAUUCAAAAAUCAUUUAUAAAAAUGAAUUAAUUGAACGUAAUGCCAACAUGCUAGAGUUUUUCAAAAGAUAUGUUUGUAAUUUAUAUUUUAAUUUUUUAUUUUCUUUGUACAGUUUGUUACCUUCUUUCUGUAACAAAAUAUUAUUCGCUUUUACAUAAUUGUAAUAUUUCCAAAAAUUAUCGAUUUUUGCACAUGAUGUAGGAAUCUGAAAUAGAUUAUUUGAAAUAUCAUUGCAAAUAUGCAUGAUAUAUGAUAUAUGUAUAUGUACAUAAUAUAUAUUAUAUUGAUUCUUACAUUAGUAUCAGAAAAUUCAAUAUGAACCGCGUCUUGUACGAAAUAUUUUUUUAAAUUAAAAAGUACAGGUUCUAAAGAGGUACAUAUUUUAAUUAUUUCAAGAAUUUUUGAACCUUGUUCUAAUAUUCUUUUUAAAUGCUACAAUAAAAAAUGUAACGUUAAAAAAAGAAAAAAUAAUUAUAGUAAGCAAAUAUUUUCUUACUUUUAAAACUUCAUUACUUGUAACAGUAAGUUUUUUUAAUUGCGAAGUAUCUAUCAUUUGAGUCAUAUUGAAUUCAUAUUUAAUAUUUUUGUACUUUUCUUUUAUGUUUAUAUCUUUUAUUUUAAGUUUUUCAAUUUGUUCUUUUUUUUUUUCUGAUAAUGUUUGAAUUUUAAAUUUUAAACUUUCAAUGGUAUUUUGUAAUUGCAAAUAUACUUUUGAAUAUUUUAUUGUACAUGUUUGAUAAAUAUCAUCUUGUUCUUUUAAA